CCAUGGUAACUCACUAACAAAAAUGGCGGUAAUUUUCGACCGACGACUGCACAGCCCUUCGAAUAAAGGCGACAGGUCCCCGCAUCUUCUCGAAUGGCACUCUUCGCAGCCUUUGCUAGCGGUCGCGUCCAAAGACGAGGCCAAGGAUUCCCAUGGGGCAGUGCACAUUCACACGGAGCACGGAGACCUGGUGAAAGAUGCACAGAUCCAGCGGCCGACGCCAGUGGAGUGCCUGACGUGGCACCCCGAGAGACCCAUCCUGGCCGUAGGCUGGAGGAGUGGGGAGAUCACCAUCUUCAGCCUCUCAGAACACGACUUGUUCCAACAGUCAAACGUUCACAAGAAGCCUCUGGUUUUUCUCGUGUGGAACACAACAGGGAGAAGAUUGAUUUCAGGAGACAAGGGUGGUGUAAUGGCUGUGUGGAGUGUUAACGAAGAGGGGCAACCUCAUCCCACACCUCUCCAUCACUAUCGCAUGAGAGCACCACUCACCCACUGUGUCCUCCAUGUCCAGCGGAGCGAGAGUGUACUCGAGACGUACAGCUGGCAAGGCAGGAAUUCAAGCACAGCAGACCUUUUCAAUGCCUUCUUCUGCACCAGCAACGGUGUACUGCACUACCUUCAGGAGGGAGGGGAGCACGUUGAACGAGGCAAACUUGAGGGAAAACCUCUUUUCCUCUGCCUUCACCCAACCUGGCCAACACUGGCUGUCGUUACAAACGAAAUGAUGCUCACUCAGUACUCCAUCAACAGCUUGGGAGAGACCUCAGUUCUUAUGAACGCUAAACUGAGUGGGAGACAAAAACUGACGUGCCUGGAUUGGACCUAUGAGAAAGUGUUGGGAUCGUGUGCUGGGGAAGAAGUUGUGAGGCUGUGGGACUUUGACAGAGGAGAGAACUACACUCUGGGUAUCAGCACUGGCUCUGAGAUUGUCACAUGUUUCAGCUACAACUCCAACACCAGCACUCUAGCGGCAGGGACAAGCGGUGGAGGAGUGGUGAUGUGGUCCUGGAAUCCUCCACCCACCACCAAGAAAAGAGGCAGUGGGGACACAGGCACCCAUCACGACUCACUCUCUGAUUACUGGGAACUGACAGCCACCACCAAACUACCUGGACCACUCGUCCAACUCAAAUGGGACUCAAAUAAAGGUGUCCUGGGUGCAAAUUGUGGGAAGGAAAUGCGGAUCCUGACAAUGCAAACUACGAAGGUCCACUAUGGGCAGGAGGUGUCUGCAGUGCAAGUGGCUCCAGCUCAGCUGCUGGUGGAGUGUCAUAACACAGGCCUCCUACACUCCAUCAGCACCGACAUACCCAUUAGAGGGGCUUGGGUCACCAAGGAGCAUGUUGCUGUUUGGAGCGGGAAAAAAUUGAUGGUCUUUAGCUUCUCACAGGACAAACAACAAACAAGAGUCGUAGGGUCAUUUGCCACCAAGACUACUGCUGCAGCCAUCCACGACAUGAGCGUCCUCACUGCAGAAAAGAAUGGCAUUCAGAUCCGCACUUUCCAAGGAACAGUAAAACAAGUGCUCUCCGGUGGAGAACACGAGGGGCGUUUCAUUGCAUUGACUGUGUCAGGACACUUCCUAGCAGCUGGUACUGAUCGUGGCCUGGUGAAGAUAUGGGACCUCAGUCGAAGGGAAGCGAGGAUUCACGAAGGACGAAACCUAUUCGAAAAUGGGCCCGAAGACUUGGAAAUAGUCUCGGUAGAGGUGAACUCCACCGGUAGUCACGUCAGCAUCCUCUGUCAACAGGCAUCAUCGUCUUCUUCUUCUUCUUCACCAACACAAGUUCUACUUCUCUGGGAAGUAGAGACAGACAAUGUGAAGAUUUUUAUCCCGUCAGCCCUUUCCCUCUCCGUCCAGCCUUCCUCUUCGACCUCGUCUUCAACCUCCACCAGCAAAAUCUCUCCCCUUUCCCUCGUGGCUCUUCCACCCGAGCUACCAGAGUCCGUUGCGCAAGAACAGGAGCGGCUCUGCCGUGCAAUCGGCAAGAGAACCUUCUGCGACGGCCACUGGGACUCCGAGGACAGUCGCCUUCUGGUUCUGACAGCUUCUGCCUCAACAGAUGUUAGCAGUAUGAAGCACAAGAGGAGAAGCACUGGAGAAACCAACACGAUUAUUGUCGUCGUGUUUGUGGCACCUGAUCUGAACGUGGUGAUCAGCGAUGUCAUACCACUGGAUCCUGGUCAUUCCGGAGUGGUUGGAGUAUCCAUUCCAUACAUCUGCUGCACAAAGAAGAUCCCUACAGCAGCCCCCACUUCCGUCACUUCCCCACAACGUGAGCUGGCGACUGUGGCAAGGCCGUCCAUGAAAGACUAUGUCGGUCUUGAAACAAGCGAGACAACCACACUCAAAGCGAUGGCCGAUUUCAGCUUCCACUCGGCACUUGGGAACAUGGAUGAAGCCUUCAGAGCUAUAAAACUGAUCAAAAGUGAGAAGGUUUGGGAGAGCAUGGCUCGGAUGUGUGUCCGGACGCAGCAACUGGACGUGGCAGCCGUCUGUCUCGGCAACAUGGGAAACGCCAUGGCUGCCAAGGCCGUGAGAGAGUCUAAGAGCAUUCCACAACCGGAAGCAAGACUAGCUAUUCUGGCCGUACACCUCAACAUGCUGAAUGAAGCCGAGAGGCUGUACAAGAAGAGUGGACGCCAUGAUCUCCUCAACAAGUUCUAUCAGGCUUCUGGACAGUGGGAAAAGGCAAUAGAAGAAGCUGAGCACAGCGACCGCAUGCAUCUCAAGACAACAUAUUUCAACUACGCCCGCCACGCAGAGGCUGAGGAAGAAACAAAGGUGGCCAUCAACUGCUACACAAAGUCAGGGACCCACCACAUGCAGGUCCCUCGAAUGCUCUUUGACAGUCCACAAGAGCUGGAAGAUUACGUCAUAAGGAGUCAUGACACUGAGGUGUGUAAGUGGUGGGCUGGCUACUUGGAGAGUCUUGGGGAAUGCGACCAAGCACUGCAGUUCUAUGAGGUGGCCAAGGAUUUCCCCAGCCUGGUGAGAGUUCUCUGCUCCUAUGGCAACUUCGAGAAGGCAGCAGAGAUUGUGGAAGAGAGUGGGUCCAGGGCUGCUGCCUACCAGCUGGCAAGCAGACUUCGUACGGAGAAAGAGGAUGUGGAGAGAGCCAUCCACUUCUACACCAAGGCUCAGUGCUAUAGCCCAGCCAUUCAACUAGCAAAGGAGCAUGGUCUGGAUAACGAGCUGAUGAAACUUGCACUGCUGAGCUCUCAAGAAGACAUGAUAGAGGCAGCAAAGCAUUAUGAGCAGAGCCCAGACACCCAAGAUAAAGCUAUCAUACUCUAUCACAAGGCUGGUGAGAUGUCUCGUGCACUGGAACUCUGUUUCCAACUGAAGCAGUAUGAUGUGCUGUACCAGAUAGCAGACGACCUGACUGAAUCCACCAGUCCAGUAAUGAUUGCUAGGGUGAGUUCUCUGCUUCAUUAUGAAAUGACCGUGCAUCAUAGCCUAGUAGGAUUUUAAAUACUAGCUCAUAAACGUUAAGAAAAGGUUUUACACACUUUUCACGCUGAACAAUAACAGCACACAUUUUGAUGACUGAUUUGAAGGUGGCAGAGUUUUUGUCAGGGAGUGGCCAUUACGAAAGAGCAGUUCUGCUACUGAUCAAGACCAAGCAGAUCGAAGAGGCCCUGGACAUGUGCACGACCCACAACAUUCUCAUCACAGAGGACAUGGCUGAAAAUAUGACACUUCAGAAAACAGGCCACGAGAGUGCGGAGGAAGCAGAAAGGAGGGUAAAGCUACUAGAGAAGUUGGGAGACUGUUGUGCAGAGCAGGGAUCUUAUCAUCUAGCUACCAAGAAGCACACCCAAGCCGGCAAUAAAACGAGGGCAAUGAAGGCCCUACUGAAAUCCGGUGACACGGAGAAGAUAGUCUUCUUUGCGGGGGUUUCAAGACAAAGAGACGUGUACGUAAUGGCCGCCAACUACCUCCAGUCACUGGACUGGAGAAAAGACCCCGACAUAAUGAAGAACAUCAUUAGCUUCUACACAAAGGGAAGAGCAUUAGAAUCCCUUGCCAGCUUCUAUGACACAUGUGCUCAGGUGGAAAUAGACGAAUAUCAGGACUAUGAAAAGGCCCAAGGAGCUCUGAACGAGGCACUCAAAUGCCUAAACAAGGCCAAGUCCAAGAAUCCAACAGGCAUUGAAGCAAGAGUCAAAUUUCUAACUGAAAGACUUCAACUUGUCAAAAGAUUUGCAGAUGCUAGAAAACUGUAUGCCAGGGAUGCUGAAGCGUGUGUUCAAGAGUGUCAGGCUCUUCUGAAUGAACCCAAAGUGGACACGGCCAUUAGAACUGGAGACGUAUACGGACUUCUCAUUGAGCACUUUGCUGAAGCCAAACACUACAGAGAGGCAUACCGUCUGAUGGAAGAGAUGCAUCAGCACAUGCCCUCCGUGAACAUGGCUUACUACGUCAAUGCCCAGACAAUUGAAGCUGUUCACACUGCAUUACAGAUACCGCUGAGGAAGGAUAGGGGAGAUGGUAGUAGGGCGACAGCCAGCGACGAUGAAAGCAUUGGAGAAGGCAUUGAUGAUAGAUACUGAGCUAUUUGAGUUUUGCUUUGUAUUCGAGCACUAAGCACCGUCAUACAAUAGUGAUGCACAUUGUGGCUAUAUAUCAACGAUUAUAUACUUUCUCCGCCACAAAUGUUUCUCAUUGUCAGUUAAUUUUAUGCGUGUCAUUCAUGUGCCGGCAAACUACAGUUAAACUGUUGUUGCUACACUACUACUAGCAGUUCCACAUACUACUUUCUUAAACAUUUAUAGCUUAUGCUGUUCUUUUAUGCUGUUCUCAUAUUCCGAGGAGGUUACGUCCCCAGUCAAUGAUUGUCGAAUCACUGGCUGGGUCAUGUACUACGGACCCUAUGUCGUAGCCCAAGGACUGAAAUUCUGCCAACGACAGAUUCUUGUCGCUGCACUUGAUGUAGAUGUAGGCAUUGGGGGCAAAGAAAGUGUUGUUGCCUGUAAGCGGUAUCAGUCCAGUGUUGUCACCCGUUGGAGUGCAGCUGCUGAACUCGUAGAUGUUUGGGUUACCGAUAAUGCACGUGUUGUUGGCCCAAACUUCACCCCAUCCUGACGGUAAAGUGUCUCUCGAAGCCCCGUCGCUAUUUGCACAGUACGGCUUUUGAAAGAACGCUCCCAACUUUUCCUGCCCUGACAAAUCAACAUCGGGAUAAAUGUAGUAGUUGUACUUGACUACCUUUGAGUGUCCCAGAAAGUUCUUGUAGCCUCCGUAGACGAGGUAGUUGUAUGUAUCGUAGUAAUAGCAGGAUCCAUCGUCGUGGUCCAGUGGCCAGGUUGAGUGGUAGUUGUUGAUGAUGAAGUUGAGUGUUAUGUUGUUCUGGGCGGGAGUAAGGGAGGGUAUACCAUUCCCGACCUCUGUCAGAUAUGGCUGCCUGUCCCAGGAGUUAAAGGGCCCGUGGUCGCCAGUUUCUCGGACCAUGUUGAAAAGUAGAUUGUUUUUCAGAAGGUUACCCCCGCCGAAACCGUCAUUGAAGUUUAUACCUGCUCGCGGUCCGUUGAAGAAGACAUUUCCCACGAGCGUAGUCUGACAGGCGAGGCUCUGAAAGUAGGCCGAAGUCUCCUUGCCCCAUAUUCCAAUCUCGUGGACCAGGUUGCUCAAAAUCUGCGUCCCUCGGGGCUGGCUUCCGAGCGUUCCGUCAAUCAGGUACGCCGUCCCGACAGCUGCAAUGGCACUGUCUCCAGUGUACACAAAUUCAUUUCCCUCAAUUACCGCAUUCCUGACAUAGUUGCUGAGAAAGAUGCCAUUUCCGCCCGGAGAAAAGACGAGGCAGUUCUGUACGAGCAAUCCGUCGACUCCCUCUACGAAUACGGUCCCUCCCCUGUGGAUUGCCCAAUCUCCAGCGCUGGGGACUUCGUAUUUUUCCAGGAAAGUCGAGGCAGUGUAGCCGAACGUGAGGUUGGCAAACGUGACUUGUGUAACGGGUUCAUCGGACGUUCCCUGGACGGCAAAGAGGGUAUCUAGCACAGUUCCAAUUCCAGCCUCAGGGAGAACCGAUGAGUUAGGGAAAUAGUAGAGUACUUUCUUUGAUUCGUCGUAGAACCACUCGUUUGGUGCGUCCAAUUCCUCCAUUAUGUUCUCCACGUACCACUCGGCGCCGGACCCACAGCCUCUUGCUUCCUGGUAGCCACCGGUGUCAAAGUAGAUGGUCCGGCUCUCCAUGUCUCUCGACGCCACCUGAAACUGCCAGUUGCCCCAGUGUCCACACUGGAAGGUGUGCACGACCCCCGUGGUAGGGUUGCUCCAAUUACGAGUGGCAAUUUCUUCCUCACUCGAGUAAACUAGACCAGUGGUCACCUUAUACGUCGAACCACCACCGCCCGAGGGAGAUUUUAGCCCCCAAUAAGACUCUGGAGGAUCAAAUACCGCCACAGGGCCCCCUAUCCCAAGUUCAAACUGAGGAAAGUGGGUUCCGUUCCGAAUGGGAGAUUCGACGUGUAUUUCUUUGGCUUCUGGCAUUUGUUUCGGCGGUAGCCAAGAAUCGACUCUGGAAACAUAGCCAGUUGGGAUUGUGUGCAGUCCCAUGGUCUCGGGAUUUCCGUCAGGAUACCGUGCUCGAAUUGCUCUUCGACCCCCGAUAAAGAGAGUGUUGAACGGUGUUGGGUUCUGGCUGCUUAGGUCGGCCGAAUAUAUCUUCAGUUUUUUCCCACUGUAGUGUCCGCUCUGUGGAGUGGGCACCCAUAUACCAUCAACACGAAAGUAGCAGUCGUUUGCAAAAGUACCGGUGGUUUGAUCGUGCCAAGUGAAGGCAAAACAACUAGCGUUUUGGGUGCACGCUGCCUGACAGGCACUUGCGUUGUCUACUUUUCCAUAGAACCAAGCAACUCCAUUGCUCUCUCCACCAACCGACACAGUACCAUAAAUUGCACUCACUCCAGGCAUGAUGGGCCCCAUCACAUCCACCAUCUUCACCCAGUCAAACUGGUAGUCUCUGCCACCAAUGACAGUCGCUGCCUCUCCAUCAUAUCCUGCUAUGACGAUGUUGCUGUCCUCUGGACCCAGCUCUAUGGUCUGCGAGAAGAAGUAGUUUCCGCCUCUCAGGUAGAUUACCACCUGCUCCUGGUUCUUGCGAUUCAACCUCGACAGCUUCACGGCCUGCAUCACAGUCUUCACCGGACUCGUCAGUGUUCCAGGGUUGGCGUCAUUUCCGCGGUCGGCGUCGACGUAGAUCGUGAGGUUUUCGGUGCUGAGAGAGAUGCUGUGAGAGAAGGGGACCACUUCGUAGUUUUUGGGUUUUCGUUCGUCGGGCGGCUUGCAGUUCUGGAGUUGCAACGCGUCGUAGACGCUCUUGAAAUCUUCUGGCUGUCGCGGGAGCAACUUCUGUGCGUAUUCCCAGGCCAACGUCUUGAGUUCGCAGUCCAGCACCGGGUCGACGUUAACAGGGCUCGCUCCUGCUCUCGGAAGAGGCCCGUACUGCAGUUUACCUGCACAGCAGCUGAGCCCCGCAAAAAGACACAAGAAGAGAGUAGGUCUCAUUUUUAUCUUCGCGCGCGCGUGGGGUGC